UCGGAAGCCGCACACACUCUCCCUGGGGCUGCCAGAAGACCCAGAGAGUGAGGGUCUCCCCUUCCUAGCCCUGGAGUGGGACUCGCAGUUCCCUUCCACACCAGCUCAAGAAAACGGUCAGUCGCCAGAUAACAAUAACUUCCUGAAGGGGAAAGAUGAUGGGGAAGAUGAGAAAGAGGAUCGACUUGGAAGUGAAAAUUUCAAUGGGCAGAGUGCAAGUCAUCAUGGGUGUUAUUCCUUGGAAAAUGAUAAAGAAGCAGGUGUUUCUGGCUUCACCAGAGGGAGUAAUGGGGAAGAAAGUAAUACGAAAGAUCAGAGUAAAAAGGAAGACAAGAAAUUGGAAGAAGCAGGGGACAACGGUGGUGGAGGGAGUCAAGAAGGCUACAGUGGCGAGGGAGGAGGAGGAGGGGAUGGUGGGGGAGGUGGAGAAGGGGGGAGGGGAUGGCGGAGGGAACGACGACAAGAAUGGGAAAGAAGCAAAGGAAGAGGAUGAGGAGAGCAGCCACGAGCCAUCUAGUGACUCAAGCGAGGGGCUGCAGACCACAAGUGCUGGAGAAGAGAAGAGCAAACAUGAAGACCCGGAAGAGAUGGAAAUAGACGUAGCAACUGGUGGUGUUGAAAUUGGUUGUUCACAAGGGGAUAUGUUUGCUAGUCAAGAAGUUGCUUCUCAGAAAGUUGCCCAACCAAGAGCAGAAGUGUCAGGGAUGACACUAACUCCAGCCACAUCUAUGCCAAUCCUCCAGCUGUCACAGGGAGAGGAGGAGGAGGAGGAUGUUCCUCCACCUCCAGAGAAGUUCCUCUCAGGCACACCAUCUGCAUCUCUGCCCCUUGGAUCAUCACAGUCGGCUACAUCUACAUCGCCCACAAAAAGGAAACGGGCAGAGCUGGAAGAUCCUUCAUCCGAGACAGAACACUCAGAAAUUCCUUUAAAACAGAGACGAAUGGAAGAGGCUAGCAGUGACUCUGGUGAAGACAGAGUAAUUGUAGACUACACAGCAUUAACCAGGAAAGAUGUGGAAAUCAGUCCAAAGCAACAGAAGCCUCCCCCGAGAGUUGUAAAACCAACCCAUCUCUUGGCAGCUGCAAAACGAAUUACCUUUAGUUCUGAAGAUUUACAGAAGUGUACAGAGAGGGAAGAUCCCCUGAGACAGCUACCUGUAGAUACGGAAGAAGAAGAAAGUGAACAAGAAAAAGAUCUUCCAGUGAGACAGCCAGUUGAUACAGAGGCAGAAAGCAGUGACUCUCAGAAAGUUAGUGAUGAUACUAAGAAAGGUGACACUGCAUCAAAAGCGAUAUCUGAUAGUGAGUGUGAGGAUAGUGAUAUUGAAAUUUUGGAGGAUAAGGAUCGUAGUAUAGAAGUGUUAUAUGAAAAAUCUAAAGGUAAGAGCUCACUAGAACAAGAGAUAGGAUCUCAAGACUUCAGCCUGAUGUUAUCUGGUGCUGAGCAUGAGUCAGAGUACCAACAGGCAGGACAAAGAUUUUCUGAGGGCCAUAUCCUAACUGAAGAGGCAGAAAGCCAGUCACAAAGUUUAUUGUCAAUGACAGAAUCAGAACAUCUUCAGUGUCAUGACACCAUGUCUUCAAGUAGCAGUGAGAGUAGUCAACAUGCACCUGAAACGCUAGUAGGUAGCAUGCCAGCUACCCAGCUCGAGGGGAUUUGUCAGCCCGUGGUCCUUUCACAGCCAAACAUUGACCCUCUCAUGUCAUUACCAAUACCUUCUUCUGCAAGAGAAAAGGAAAAGGACUCUGAUAGUAGCGGGGAAGUUUCUCCAAAGGAAAAAGACAUCGAAGAGGAAGGAAGUAAAGAAAAGUCUGAGUCACAGAAGACAUCUAAGAAAGUCGAUGAAGAAAGUGAAGUGGCUUCAUCCAUGGACAUUUCUCAAAAAGUGGAAACAGCAAGGCUUAAGAUGCCUGAAAUAUUUACUCCAGCUUCCCAAGAUUAUGAGGUAACAGAGGAGAGUGAGUCAGUAUUUACAAAGGCAACCAAAAUAGCCAAGGAAAGAGCAGAAAAAGAAAAAAAGAGGAUGGAAGAAGAGAAGCAAAACAAAGAGACAGUAGAAAAAAUGACAAGUGCUAGUAGUGCCUCAUUUGAAAGUCUAGGAACAUCGCCAAUAGAAGAAGGACCCAUUAGAGAGACUGAAAAAUCCAUAAUCGAGUGCAGUAUGACAGGAAGUUCCAAUCAGUCUACCCCAGUUUCCAGUUUACAGCCUACACGUUCUUCACAUUCCACCCCAGUCACAAGCCAACCACAACGCAAACUCUCUCAGAGUGCCACUCUUUUUGGCUCGGCUAAAAAAGAAUCUACUCUUAGUUCUAGUCAGUUAAGUGCAUCACAGCAAGUUUUAGCAGAAGAAACUGAUAGUGAAGAUGAAGGACAACUCAAGCGGAAAAGAAAAAAGCAUCGUCCCACAGCAGAGUCAGAGCAGCCAGGGAAAACAGCAUCGCGAGCAUCUAACAUCAAGGCAGAAUCCAGAAAGACUUCCACUCCAAACACCAGCCAGGGAGUAAGCCUCAACAUCUCAGGUGAUGGAAGUAGUUACAUUGAUAAAGAGCAAGCUGGAAUCCUGUCUGGUGUUGAAACUUCAAAGUCACAUAAUUCCUCAUCAGAGCAGUCAGGAGUUGUCAAAUCACCAGACCAAAGUGCAUCACCAGGAAGGAGGGCAAGCACUCCAGACACAGAACUUCUUCCAGAUUUGGAAAGAAUUCACUCCGUUGAAGAGCUACAAAGAGCAGGAUUUAAAAUCAAUCGACAGCUAGACCCAGCAGAAGUUAUAGAAUACAUUCAUCCAGUUACAAGAGAUACAAUAUAUGUCACAAUUGUCCAUGAUGUUGGUGAUCUGGAAGCUAUAACUAUUUCUAAAUUGCACUUUAAGCCUGCAUCAGAGUCUGGGAGUGGGAGUGGUGGAAGUCGAAGCAGCAGGAUAUCUGAUGUGAGUAGCAUAUCCCGUACUACAUAUUCUUCUUCAGGUUAUUAUGGAGACAAAAGUUCAUCGUCAUCAAAUUCAUCUCGUCGCACUUCCAUGUUCUCAACAGCAGAGUCUUCAAGAUUAUCUGUUGGUAGUGUUGUUACUGUCUCAUCACCUCCAAGAGAAAUACAAAUUAUUGCAGAGCACAGUAAAAAGGAUCUUGCUUCUCAAAAGGCUCAAGAUGAUGGACUUUUUCGUGUUCCAGCUGCACACCCUCGAGCCCAGGCUGGUGUAAAAUUACCCGACACAUCACAAAAAGUAACUGAACAAAUUCUCCAGAUUCCUGUCCCUCAAAGGUUGGCUGCACAAAAGGCAUUAGCUGCUACAAAAAAAUCACCACCUUCAUCAUCAUCAAGUACUGACAGUAAAAUGCCUUCAGCAGAUAAACCAAGGAGAGGUCGAGGUCGAGGAAGAGGAAGUAGAGACACUGGUAGAGGUGGUUCAUCUGGUUCUGCCUCAGGGCCUCGAGGUCGGGGACGGGGCAGAGGCCGUGGAAGAGUCCCUGUUCCUAAGUCAUCCACUGAGACAGAAGAAGACCAUGAAUAUGAUGAAGAAUCACCUGACUUUGUUGAUGCAUUGCCAUCAGAAGGCAAGUCUUCAGGAAACAACAAAACUGAUACAGACAGUGGUGCCUCAUCAGCUAGUGUUACCAAAACAGCCAGGGGCCUGGGAGCUAUCUCAGAGCUUCUGAGUUCCUUACCUGAAGAUAUAUGGAAAGUGUUGGAAAAUUCCCAGGUCCCACUUUCUGAAGAGGAAGAAGAGGCCUUUGUCCGUCUAGGAGGAACUGAAGCAGAGGAGAGACAAUUAGCCCAGGUGCUUAAAAGAGUUCGAGAAGCAGAACUAGAUAAGGGUCUGCUUGUAUUUGCUCGUUUCACAGACAAUAAUUUUUACUCUGCUGUUUUACAUGAGAGGGAUGGAGCUGACCGAUGGCAUGUGCAGUUCACUCUGGAUCAGUACACUGCAUCUGUACGAGAUGUUUACCUGUUGCCAACAGAUCUGUUACCACGGGGUCAUCACUGCUUUGUUCGACAUCAGACAGAGCAUUACAGCGAUCCUGGUGUAGUGAAAGGGCACAUUAGAGUCGGAUCUACACUUCUUCAUAUUGUUGAGACUGACAGGGGAGUCACACAAAGAGUACCACACUCCCACCUUCUGCUUACAGGUCCUCAGGCACAUGAUCUCUUACAGGCCAGAUUAAACUUUCGUUCUAUGGUUGCCUCACCUGGCAGAGAUGUGUCUUUGGAUAACAUAGUUAUGGGAAGAAGACGACGCACAACCCAAGAUCAGUUUUCAUCACCACGCUCUAAAAAGGCUGAUGAGAAUUUGGACACUAGUGAUGCCACAGCUGGUGAAUCUGAGGACCUGAAUAUAAAUAUUGGUCGUUCUCCAAUUAAAAGAGGGCUGUCUGCCAGAGGAAGAAGAGGGGCUAAGAGAAGAAAUCUUUCAGUUCUCCCAGAAGAAAGUGAAAGCGAAGCAGAAGUUACUCCGGGACCAGACUCUAAAAGAGGGGGUAGAAGAGCUGGAACUCCCAAAGUAGUUCAAACUCCCAGAACUCCUAAAACUCCCCAUGCUAGUGCACUUAUUGAAGCCCAGAGUGAGGAAUUACCUGAGAAAAAAGAUCUUCCAAUAGAUGCAGAGAAAGAACCCUUGCCACCCAAGAUCACAUCAUUGCAGGUGCAGGAGCCCAUACUAAGCACUCCUCCGAAAAAGCGUGGACGUCCCUCAGGGCAGAGCAGUGGGACUCAGACUCCUAAGAAGCUGCUCAGAAUUGAUGAAGAAAUUCCCCCUGAUCCUCGCCUUGGCCCACUGCCCCCAGAAAACAGCCAGAUAUUUGCAGGGUACACAAUUCUUUUGACAAGUGGAGACAGCAGUAUCAAGAAGAGACAAAAUGCAGAUGAUGAGGGCCUACCAUCCUUUGACAAGGACUACUUGACAAAGCAGUUCACAAGAGGAGGUGGCAGAGUCCUUGAAAAGUAUGCAGAAGCAGAGAUCAUACUGGCUGAGCAAGGAAGAUCCUCAGUUGGUCGACAGGUUACCCCAAAAGCUAAGAAAAAGUCAGGAACAACUUUGACCACUUUGCUGCUCAUUUCUAACACUUAUUGCCGUACUGCCAAAUAUAUACAAUGCUUGGCAGCAGGUAUACCCAUAGUGUCCUUCCAGUGGGUCAUAGCUUCAUGUGCACAGAACAAAGAAAUUUCGUGGAGAUCAUUCUUGCUUCCAGCGGGUGAAAAAUACUCAGGUGAACUGAGUGAGCAGAUGAUCAGUCUGGAGGAAGACUCUCAGACUGGACCACUGCAACUCCUCACUGGGGAAAGAAUAUUCCUUGCAACAUCCAGCAACCCAGAGUUUAGCCCACUUUGGCAGCCCCUUCUGGACACAACAGGUGCCAAAGUGCGAGUGAAACCUGCCCGUAAUGGUAAUUUGAACAGAGUCUUGGACAAGAGUAUAAAAGUAGUGGUUGCUGAUCCUACCAUCCCAGAAGCAGAGAAACAGCGAGCAGAGCAGCUGUCCAUACCCGUUGUAUCAACAGAAUGGGUAAUACAAUCGCUCAUUGCUGGGAAACGCAUCUCGUAUGGAGCAUAUCCAAGUUUCAGAUAUGACUACCGUGACUCAGCAACACCAAGCAAGUUAGAUAAAAAGUAGCGCUCAUGACGGCUUACUCCCUGAACCUGAGUUCAAGGUUGAGGGUAAGGACUUUUUGUAAUUUAUAAUGUAGGAUGAGUUUUGAGAUCGUUUCUUUCUUGCAUCAAAAUUAUUGUCAUUUGUAAUUGAAAGACUACUGCCUGCAAUUCAUGCUGAAUAAGUGAUUAAACUGUUUCAAACAUGAAACUCUCACACAACCAUAUCAUGAAAAAUCAUAUUUCAGCACUUACUUCACUAUUUUUAUAUGUAAUGGUAGUUUGAAUUAUUGUAAUAUAGAAAUGUAUACAUGUGAGCCAGUCAUUGUGAAGAUUGUUUCAUAUUUACUUUUUAAAAUAUUAGUUAUAAAAGAAAUAAAUGAAGAGUAUGAAUAUACAAACCAUUUAUUUGGAGACGUAGAAAGUAUAUCUAAAAAAAAAAAUUUAUUUGUUCAAUUGCGAAGAAAGAGUAAUCAUUAUAUGAAACUUGUAGUAGUUAGUUAGUAGAGUAGUAAUAGUACAACUUUGGUAUUGCAGCAGUUUUAAAGAAAUUUUACCAGAUUCAUAUUUAAGGAGAUAGAGAAGAAAAAAGUAGGUUGACAAUAGCACAAAAAUAGAUGAGUUACGUAGGAAACAUCCCAUUCUGGGAUGAAAAAAGGUUAGCGUUGUUCACGUUGGGGGAUGUUGAUGGAUAUCAACAGCAGUACCAGCUUUUCUAUGUCAAGUUGUAUAUAUAUUGUACUUUUACCAAAGUAUAAAAAUUUUAAAUUUCUUGUUGAUACAACUUUGUACCUUGUUAUAAUAAUUAAUUAUUAUUGUAAAUCAGAAAACCAACAACAAAUAUUAAAGUAGGAGCAAUGCUUUAUAUGCUCUGCAUCUAUAUCAUAGUGUUGUGUUUUAGAGUUGAAGUGUAAAUCUAAAACUGUGUUGUUCAGUUUGAUUUAUUUUCUUUCAGCAUUAUAAAUGCGUUUGUUGCAAGUAGCCAUAAAAAAAAACAUUGUCAGUGUGACACAUUGUCUUAAUGCAAGUACAGAACUCAAUAAGGCUCUCUUUCAAAGUUAGAAACUGAUUGGUUGUCAGAGCAGUUCCUUUACUUAUUGCAAGAAAAGUGAAAAAGGCAGUUUUUAUUUUCAACUAGAUUGUUUUAGGUGUGUACAAUUGUAUUUAGGUAAUGGUAUUGAUACAAUUAGUAGGUUACCAUCUGAUGUGUACAGUCUGAGAAAGCACUAGCUGUAAUUUACACCAGCAAUAAUGAUUUUGGUCAUUUUUAUGUUUAUAUAUUAUUUUAGCUUGAUGAGAAUCAUCACAACAGAGAGCAUUUAACGAGUAAAACAGGUAGUUUUUGCCACCAACUUCUGUAGUGAUAUCUGUGGUAGCAACAUAGUUGGUACUGCAAAUGUUUUAGUGAUUCCACACAUAGAGUCAGAUAUUCAAGGAGGAAGCAUUUUUUUUCUGUCCAGAAUAGGCAUAUGCUUAUUAUAUGGUCUGGUAGGUUAUGAAAAUGAGUCUUGUUAGAAGAGAAGCCAUAUUAUUAAAUGGUGUGAAGGCAGCAUUCAGUUAAAAACUGGAUAACCCUUCACCUAAAAGGAAUUUUAGUUACAACUCUAUUUUUGUUAUAAGUUCAGCUUAUAAUGCAUUUAUCUUUUAUUUCCAUAGACAAGUCUUAAUGAUGCAAUCUGAUAUCUGUUAUGUGAUAGUUUCAAGGAAAGCAUAUUCUCUGCUUGAGGGUUCUAUAUUACAGUAAUGCAGUACUUGGUCAUUCUGUUAGAAUUAUGGUAAAUAUUCAUGUGAAGGCAACUUGUGCUCAAGCAGAGACUAACUGUAUUACUGCAUUUUUUAAUCAUAUUUUAGUCAUAAUUUUUUUCUCCAAUAAUUGCCUCUAUAAACUAGGGGACAUUUUUUUUAAUGAAUCAUUUAGGUGUAUCACCUACUUAUUUUUUAUACCUCAAUUUUUUUAUUAUGUUUUUUUUCUCCAUGCAUAGUGUGAUGUUACAUGUAAGUGGUGUAUUCAUAUUUAGAAAAUUCAUUGUAGUGUCUCUCUUCAACAACUAUUUGUGUAAAUCCAUGUUUUUUGGCAGCAGGACCAUUUCGGUAAAUAAUUACACAAUUUUUCAAAGUAGUGAAUUAAAUGGUUAGCACUUAAUAAGAAAAGCAUAAAAGGUUAACAACUAGGGAAGACUGUACUACUCUUGAUAGUUAACAGUCAGUUAAUGAAACAGUUGCUUUUGCCAAAGUAAGUACAAAAAAUGAGAUACAUUACAUUCCAAGUUUUAGAGUGUGUUCUUUUUUGACAUAUAUCUGAAGGCCUUCUUUUUAAUCCUCUGUGUGCCCCAAGAAAUCUGUUAGAAUGGAAUUACCAAAUUUUGCAAAGGACUACUUCCAGGUCCCAGUCCACAAAAAAUAUAACGGCCUUUCUCUGUGCACUGUCAUCGUUGUGUGGCAAAGAGAGUUCAAAGUUUUGCAUAUAUAGUAGUAUAUAAAAAAGACACACACACACACACACACAAAGGGUUAAUUUAGAGGGGCAGAUAUUCUGUACUGCCUUCUGCUAUUGGAUGUGAAUGGAAUAUAGUGGAUCCUUUUAUAACUCACACAUACAGAGCUGCCAAUCUUUCCUAGUCACAGCUAUUACCAUUAGUACUCUGGAUACAGUUACAGUUACAAAUACAAACAUAUUUAUAUCAUAAAAAAAUUAUUAAAGAAAUUAGUAAUCCUUGGUUGAUAGCUCUGUAGGUAAACUUACCCAUAUGCACAAUCAACUCUUUAAUAAUAGAAAAAGGAGUGGUAAAUGAAUGAGAUAAAUGCUGAUUAGUCUAAAAGCUAUCCAUGUAAAUCAUACUUGUGCACAAAAGCUCUUAUUAGAUAAAAUGGUCAAAAAGACAGAACUCAAGGUUUCAAUUCAAAGUGAAACACUGACCUACUUAAAACUUGUUAUAUUGGUUUUGAUGUGUAUAUUGAUUUUUUUUUCUAAAGUAUUUUUUAAUCUCUCAAAUGAGUAGCUUAUCUUUGUACUUUCUCUGUACCCAUCUAUUUCUUCACACUCCCCAACAGUACCUUAUCCUUUGUUAUCAUUCUAUUGACCAUUUUUGAAGGAAAUGAGAUCCCUUAUUUUCAUUUACAGUAAUAAAGUAUUAUUUGUUCAUGGCAUUUUAAAGCAUGUUUGAAAGAGAUCAGUGUUGUAGUCCACAGACUGUAAGUAAACAUUUCCAUGGAAAGCUUCAGGCAUUUAUAAACAAAAAAGAUAUUUAUACAUGUACAUAUUUCUUUUGCCUAUUAAUUUUGUAGUAAAGCAAGUCCAAGAAAAAAACUCUCAAUUGGCAAAAGGGAAGUUACCUGUAGAUAUUUACCAGUAUAAGAAUUUAAUAAACUGUGUUCUCCUUUUUAUAAUCAUUAUUAUUAAUGGCUUCCUCCUUCAGCAAAUGGAAAAAUAAACUUUAGUUAAAUGUGAAAUCUUAAGUGUAUGACAAAUCCCUGCCUCUUAAAACAUACUUGGAAUGCAUGUAUGCUGUGCCAUAUAUAUGUCUUUAAAACAU